AUGGCGGCCGUCACAGCUCCCGAGCGACACCACCACCACCACCCCCACGGCCACAGCAAUGCGCCGCAGCCUGCCAUGAGCGCGCCGCAGCCUGCCAUGAGCGCGCCGCACGGCCAGAAGCGCGCGGCCGACGGCGCGCUCGACGGCGAGCAGCGUCUGAGCAAGCGCUUCGACCUGCUGAACCUUGACAGCGCCAACAGGGGCGCCCGCCUGUACGUGCCCGUGCCCAGCUCCUCGGACGCAGCAGCUGCAGCACCGCCGCUGACGGCCCCGCGCCCGCCCGCGCCCAGCAAUGCCCCCGGCCCACGGCGCAAACGCGCUCCCCGCCCGCGCGCAAGCGACGACGCGAUGCUCGUCGAAGACACGCCGCACCGCGUCUACAUCCACGACCUGGCCGCCGAGCUGAGCGACACCGACUCGGACUCGGACCGCCCCGUCUUCCUGUCCGACAUUGAAAAGCACCUGUCCAAGAUGCCGCGGCACGUGCUGCUGCCGAGGCCGCCCGCGCCCACCGAGCACAACCAGAUGGUCCUGUACAACGUGCCCGCGAGCCUGACGCUGCCCGCCGACCAGGACAGCGUGCGCAAGGCCAUUGUCGACGCCCGCCAGAGGAUACGGGAGAAGCAGGCGAGCGGGCUCUGUGUGCGUGCAGACACGGACGAGGGAGAGGACGCAGACGCGAUGGACUUGGACUGA